AUGGUCAACUCCUGCUGUGGCUGCACCUGCUGCCAGCCCUGCUGCUGCCAGCCCAUCUGCUGCCAGACCACCUGCUGCAGGACCACCAGCUGCCGCCCCAGCUGCUGUGUGUCCAGCUGCUGCAGGCCCUGCUGCUGUCAGCCCUGUUGCUGCCAACCCAGCUGCUGCCAGACCACCUGCUGCAGGAACACCUGCUGCCGCCACAGCUGCUGCACUGAUUCCUGCUGCGUCAACUCCUGCUGUGGCUGCACCUGCUGCCAGCCCUGCUGCUGCCAGCCCAGCUGCUGCCAGACCACCUGCUGCAGGCCCUGCUGCUGCCGCCCCAGCUGCUGUGUGUCCAGCUGCUGCCAGCCCUGCUGCUGCCAGCCCAGCUGCUGCCAGACCACCUGCUGCAAGACCACCUGCUGCCGCCCCAGCUGUUGCCGCCCCAGCUGCUGCACUGAUUCCUGCUGUUACCUUGUGCCCCAGGAACCUUCAUCCUCUGACACCAUGGUCAACUCCUGCUGUGGCUGCACCUGCUGCCAGCCCUGCUGCUGUCAGCCCAGCUGCUGCCAGACCACCUGCUGCCGCCCCAGCUGCUGCACUGAUUCCUGCUGCUGCAGGCCCUGCUGUCAGCCUUGCUGCUGCCAGCCCAGCUGCUGCCAGACCACCUGCUGCAGGACCACUUGCUGCCGCCCCAGCUGCUCAGAACCUCCAUCCUCUGACACCAUGGUCAACUCCUGCUGUGGCUGCACCUGCUGCCAGCCCUGCUGCUGUCAGCCCAGCUGCUGCCAGACCACCUGCUGCAGGACCACCUGCUGCCACCCCAGCUGCUGUGUGUCCAGCUGCUGCCAGCCCUGCUGCUGCCAGCCCUGCUGCUCUCAGACCACCUACUGCUGCCCCAGCUGCCGCACUGAUUCCUGCUGCUGA